UUCUGAAGGCGGUUUUCGCCCUUUAAAUUAUUUGCAUCAGGAUGUCUGUAUCGUUUAGUAGUGGAAUAUAUUAUAAAGCCAUAUUAAUGCUUGUAUUAGUAAUUCUUGUUACGUUGUGUACGGUAAAAACAAAUGAUGUGCAGUCACAUAAUACGAGGAAAUCGACCCUGGACUCCACGGAAACUCCUCCUAUAACGUUAGUUGACAUGUUCAAGCUGCUGACAAACCUUGAAAAAAGAAUAAGCCAGAUUGAAUCAAUGCGAGCUAUUUUUCUGAGAGGCAGAGAUGGUCGUGAUGGCCAACCAGGAAAACAAGGUAAAGAUGGUGUUAACGGCAAAGAUGGUGUUAACGGCAAAGAUGGCCUUAAUGGCAAAGAUGGUCGCAAUGGCAAUGACGGUCGCGAUGGUAAAGAUGGCCGGGAUGGUAAAGACGGAUCACCGGAGACAAUUGGUCCACCAGGUUUGAAAGGAGCGCCUGGACAAAAAGGAAUGAGAGGACCACCAGGACCCGAGAGUGGUGGAGUACAGUACGUACGAUGGGGAAGAACCACCUGCCCUAACAAUGCUACUCUUGCUUAUAAAGGAAGUGUUGGAGGUUCGUUUUAUACUCAAAAAGGCGGAGGUGCUAAUUACGUAUGUCUUCCUGAGACCCCCAAUUACCGAAAGUAUAAAGAUGGUGUCCAAAGCAGCCGUGGAUACCUGUACGGAACCGAAUAUCAAGACGCCCAAUCCCAACUUUUUGCCAAUGAAAAUCUUGAGCAUCAUGAUGUUCCAUGCGCUGUGUGUUAUGUUAAAGUACGAAGUGCGAAGAUGAUGAUCCCUGCGACCUACGAGUGUCCCGCAGGAUGGAUACGCGAAUACCAUGGAUAUCUAAUGUCUCAAAAUUAUGACCUUCCAUAUCCAAGCGAAUUCAUUUGUGUCGACAUUGAUGCCGAGGCUGUACCAGGCACAAAAAUCGACGUAGAUGGUGCUACGUUGUAUCAUGUAGAAGGAAGGUGUGGUGCUCUGCCUUGUCUUCCAUACGUCGAAGGCCGAGAACUGACAUGUGCAAUGUGUACCAAGUAAAUACGAAAAAUAACUAGACCACCUCCUUUGGUCAUCAUUGAGGAGAGGCUUUGGUUGCAACGGAUUUUUAGAUGCUUUUUAUUAGGUUGAUAGUAAACGAUAGGUUAAGUCACAGAUAAUUAUGCACUAUUGCGAUAAGCAAUUAGGCUGAUUUUUCACUAUUCUAUUUUUCCUGCGUGCUUUUCUCUCGUUCCGUCUGCGAAGCAACGACACAAACCGUGUUCUCUAGAUCCCACGCCCCCGCGUAUGGAUUUGAAGAGUAAAUUCUAAUUGGUUAUAACUAACGCGGUUUUCGAUUGGUUAUCAGAGCCUUUGUUCAUAUUAUUCAGUCUUACUGAAAUCAAAACGGCGAAUUUUUAGAGAGGACUUGUGGAACGCAGCUUUUUCAGCUGUCGAGUCCCAGUUUGAACACAGCUGUGCUGCCUCCUUCUCUACUUCGUUCAUUUCACCUUAACGGACAGAUCUGUACGUAUUGAAUUAACAGGGGUUUCUCUGACUAACGAAUAAGGAAGCGGGAAUUGGUCUUGUGCAUGUGCGAAGGGGAGUCGAACAUUAAUAGCCAGAAUGCUUUAACUUCGCUAGUCCCUUCGAUACGACUCUCGUCUUAUGUAUGUCACGCGAUUCGGUUUCAAGUUUGUGUUGCAGUUGGAUUAAACUUCGUCUCGACAAGGUUUGAAAGCGCGACUUGCAUAUAUCAGAUAUAUACUCGCUCUGUCGAUUGAAAAUAAAUCUCAAACUCGCACUUCACGUUUAACUUUGAAUUUCCUUCGACAAGAUAACAAACAUAGUGCAUUGAUAACUUUCGAUGACAUAAAAUACAAAUUAUGAUUAUUACUAGCAACAAACGGGACAUAAAUUUGAGACUUAUUCCCGGCAAGAACAGACACACGUUAAAUCAUACAAACAAACUAACCUGAAAUUUGAGUAGAGAAUCAGAACGCGUACUGAAAUCCAAGCCGUUGCUGGUUCGCAGACGGACAGUUAGUUAGAGGCCGACUUAACGCAGGCUACUUUUCAUGCUGUUAGACCUUUUUUUAACUCUUGCAGUAAGUAAUACGAGCUGUAUCCAGCAUUUAAAAAUKAUGUUACUGACUGCGACAUCAUUCCAGGUUUCAUUAAAUAUACAAAUUUUGACUGGUUCACAAAAACAGUAUUUUAAAAGCAUGAUUAUUCCCACUAUUCUUUAUUGUAAAUUCGAUGUCUUAUAAUGGCUAGUGUUUAGUAUCAGAACUUAAAACAAAUACACUCAAAAGCCUGGGGUGACGCACAGUCAGAAAAAAAUAUUGGAAGUAUAAACUUCAUAACUUAAAGACGCACCAUUCAAAUGAAGAAACAUUUCACCACGCAACUAUUCUUUUUAUGCACAAUCAAUACUGAAAGUAUAGCUAUAGUAUCAGGGGCAAGGUGCACUUGAAAUAUAAUCAAAAACCAACCUUGCCCUAUUUAUAUGGUUUGAUGUCGUUUUUGAAUUUUGCAAUAAAUCAAACAUAAUUUUGU